AUGUAUGUCCGAGUUUCCGAUGUAGGCUUGCAUUUCAAAGCCUAUAUCUUCAUCUUGGUCCUUGGAUUUGUGUUCAUGCGUUUCAAGGCCGCCUAUAUCUUCAUCUUGCUCGUUGAGCAAUGUGAUUGUGGUCGUCGCGUUGAGGCACUCACUAGCCAUACUUUCUACGAGGCAGCUGUCCCCGCGCGCGCUGAGGGAACUCGUGGAGAAAUAAAGAUCAUAGGGAACGGCAGUGGCACAAUGCUCAGAUUGUGCAAUCUUUGGAGUCUCUUCCUCAAGGGAAUCGUGGACAAACCCAUUGGUCUCGAACUGGAGCCUGAAAAAAUUCCGGUUCCGGUUCACGAAGUUAGUGGUAACUGCCAGUGGAGCUCCCGGAAUCGAAAAUGGACAACUUUUACUUCAGAAUUUCGGAAAAGGGAAACCCUGGUCUUCAUUCCAUUAGAUCAUAGCCAUCCUGAAUAUGUCUUUGAUGCUCCGCUACCGCUGCUGUUCGAAUUAUUUUUGAACUUGAGAGGAUCAGCGGAAUACGUAUACCGUCAAUUAUGUAUAGCGAUAGUUCUGGAAUUCUUCCGUAUAUUUUUCAGUGUUCGCCACGUCGUCAACGUUAACAGAGAUUGCACAGUUCCAAUAGUCGUAGUGUACACUGAAUUUACGUAUUCGGAAGGCUUCGGAAGGCUAGAAAGUGCUUCAACGAGAUUCGAUGAGAGAGGAUGA